CUUCAUUAUGCCCCAUUCCAAACAUAAGAACAAACUUCAUCUUCUUCAUUCUUCUUUCUUCUCUUUUUGUCCCGCUUUCGUAGUUUUUCAAAAGGCGAAAUGGCGGGUGAGCAAAUCAAACCUGUUGCCUCUGGACUUCUAGUUUUGAACUUCUGCAUGUAUGUGAUCGUUCUAGGCAUUGGAGGAUGGGCCAUGAACCGAGCCAUCGACCAUGGAUUCGAAGUCGGCCCUAAUUUAGAGCUUCCAGCACAUUUCUCCCCAAUUUAUUUCCCGAUGGGAAACGCAGCCACAGGAUUCUUUGUGAUAUUCGCGUUGCUAGCGGGAGUAGUUGGAGCAGCUUCCACAAUCUCAGGCCUUAGCCACAUUCGUUCGUGGACCGUGGGAAGCUUACCAGCAGCAGCCACAGCUGCAACCAUUGCCUGGACCCUCACAGUCCUUGCCAUGGGUUUCGCUUGGAAAGAAAUCGAGCUACAAGGGAGAAAUGCAAAACUGAGAACCAUGGAGGCGUUCUUGAUCAUACUCUCAGUCACCCAGCUUAUUUACAUCGCAGCAGUUCAUGGCGUGAGGAGACCUUAAGGAAUCAUUCAUGGGCGUCGGAUUUCUUUUCUUCCUAUUGUGGCAAUCAUCCGAAACUCGGGAUUGUGUGUGUGAGCGUUUGUAUUUGUGUGAGUGUGCUUUAUUUUCUUCAUAGGAAGCUUAAGAUAAAUUCAUGCAUUCUUUAUGUACAAAAGGAUUAGAUCUUGUUUUGUGUGUUGUCACUUUGUGUUCAUGGAAUAAAAUCGAACUUUGAGGCUUGGUUCCGGUCAUCCCUCUAUAUAUAAUCUAACGAACUACAGAAAGAUGAUAAUAGAUAGAAAAACUAAGAAUGUAUUUCAAA